UCUAUGCGAGUACAUGGAGCUCCGUGAGAAGCCCUUGCCCAUCGAUAUGCGCCUUCUGGGCCGGGAGGCCGGGCGGGCGCAGGCCUUUGCCAAGUGCUUGAAGUACAAAGAGCGGGAGUUUCACGCCGACCCUUCUCCGGACUGUGUAGAGGCCCUGAUUGGUGUCUACAACCAGCUGGGCCUGCGGGAGGCGGCCAGUGGGGUGCUCCGAGGCCGGGGAGGAACGCGGGAGGACGGGGCGGAGGGGGGGGCGCUGCG